UCUCUUUCUCUCUCCUCUUUUCCUUCCUCUCUCCAGAAGGGAGGCUCCUCCCAGCCGCUAGGUGGCGCUGCAGCGCGGGUGUCGGUGGUACCGCAGCCUACCAAGAUGGCGCAGCCGCCUCCCUUCCCGGGCCGCUUUCCUCCUCCGCCGUUUCCCCCGUUCCGGCCUUUCCCGCCUCCCGCCGCUCCCUUCUCCUCCCGCCCGGCUCCCUUAACCCCUGCUCUCCCUCCGCCUUUCCUCCUGCCUCCGCUGCCGCCGGUCCGGCCUGAAGGUGAGGCGGGGCCGCGCUUCCCUGCGGGGGGCAGCUCCUAUUUACCGGCGGCUCCGCCGUUCGCCCCGCGGCCGCUGUCUGAGGAGGAGGCGGCGGCGGCGCAGCGGCAGCAGGACGAGCUCUGGCUCUCGCAGUUCCUCAGCCGCCGCCAGGCCCUUCCUCCUCCUCCUCCACCUCCUCCUCCUCCGGUAGCCGCCAACCCCAGCAGUGCCCGGGAGCUGGCGGUGCGGGCCCUGGGCCCGGUGUCCCGGCUGAGCGCGCUGUGCCGGGCCCUGAGGCGGCGGGAGGAGGAGGGGGAUGAGGCGGGAUGGGAGGAGGUGCGGGAGGAGGCGGAGGAGGCGCGGCGGGAGCUGCAGGAGAUCGUGCGGCCCCUGAGGGAACCCGGCUACCGGGAAACGCUGCGGAGGAAGGCGGAGAAGGCGAGGAAGAGGAGGCUGAGGCUGCAGCGCAGGAAGCAAGAAGCCAAAGCGGCCGAGGAGGAGGAGAAGGCGCGGGCUGCGGAGCGGGAGGCCAAGAUCGACCAGUGGCGGGCUAAGUGCAUCCAGGAGGUGGAGGAGAAGAACCGGGAACAAGAACUUAAGGCUGCUGCAGACAGUGUCUUAUCUGAAGUAAGGAAGAAGCAGGCAGACACCAAGAGGAUGGUGGAAAUCCUUCAUGGCUUGGAAAAGCUUCGGAAGCUGAGGAAAGAGGCAGCUGCCAGGAAAGGUGUUUGUCCACCCCCCUCAGCUGAUGAAGCAUUUGAAAACCAGGUGGAGAGUCUCAAAACACUGCUGAAAAAUCGCACAGAGCUGUAUGAAGCUGAGGAGAGAGCAUUAAGAGUCAUGUUGGAGGGAGAACAAGAGGAGGAAAGGAAGAGAGAAAUGGAAAAGAAACAGAGGAAGGAAAGGGAAAAACUGCUGCAGCAGAAACUUGAAAUUGAUUCCAAGCUCUUUGGAGAUCCAGCUGAAUUCCCUCUAGCCCAUCUAUUGCAGCCAUUCAGAGAGUAUUACUUGCAAGCUGAGCAUUCUGUAGCAGCUCUAAUCCAGAUCAGGCACGAGUGGGAUCGGUUCUUGGUGCCUGCUGACCACCCUGAAGGAAGCUGCAUCCCUCCAGGAUGGGUUCUGCCAAGCCUCCCCACAAAUGACACUUGGGCCACAGCUGUCAGAUAAUUUAGUAAUAAAUUAUUUUAACCUUGGAGGAAUAUUUCUGGAUACUCAGAUGUGUAAAUAUGAAAGGGUCCAAAGAGGAACUCGUCCUCUGUUUUGGUUCUUGAAGAACCAAGUGUAAGAAAUGGUUUUUUUUUUUUCAUCUGACUCUGGAGGGAAAGAUCUGAGCAAGCCCAGAGCUGCCAGACCUCUGGUGGGAUGGAAUUACAGUCCUGCUGUGAGCUUUUGUUAACAAAUCUCAAUGUUAAUAAAGCAAUAUUGUUGACAAGGAUCUUUGUGCCACUAUUAACACCCUAUUUUUAGUGGCUUUUAUCUUCAGAAGCCUAAAUCCAGAUGGUGAAAUCUCCAGAAAGAAGGAAGAUUAAAAAAAGGAUCAUUACUAAAAGUGUUUUUCUCCUGAAAUGUCAAGCACUGCUGUCAAAAUAGUUCCUGGAUUUUUGUGUGUAGAAACAAACCAUUGACAACUUCUAACAAAUUCUGCAGUACUAACAAGACAGGGUUAAAGCAGCUGUUCACAUUUUAACUUUUGUGGACUAAAACUGAUACCACAACAUGGAAAAAAUUCCCUGUUGUGGGGAAAUAAGUCAGGCAGCCAUGUGAAUACAUUUAAAUUUGAUGAAUAAGCCUGCUGGGAAAAAAAAAACCAACAACAAAUGUGACAUCUGAGUGACUGGAAUUGGUUUUGCCUUUAUAGCUAUUUUUGUACAGGGGACUGCUCAUGUAUAUAGUACUUGAUUAAAAACCACAGCUCUAUUUUGUAAGUUGUUGAAUAAAUAGUGAAAAACAGAA